AACAAUUAGGAAAUAAAACAUUUCUUAUAAUAUUCAGUUUGACCCUCUCUUUGACCAAGAAUUUCUUGAGAAAGUUCCUCCUUUCACUGACGGUUUGGUGAGAAGAAAAAAAAUAAACAUUGACUGCUAGAAUGUGCCUUCUAACCCUCUGAAUAUUGGUUGUAAAGAUGGACAGACAGGCAGAGAGACUUACUGCCUGUUUGAUGUAGUCGGGAACGAUGCCAGACAUUGCCUCUUUUGGGAAAAAUGCAUCCAGAAUGAGACCGUGUAGGCUUUGAAAGCUUACAAGCAAUGCAUGCAGGGAAAACUGGCCAAGAAGUCAAGGGACCAGGUCAGGCAGUGUAAACACGGUCCGGUCAAGACUCUACACAAGACUCUCUCAUUCUCACAAAAUGUCUUGGAUUCAUUAGAAGAGAUAACAUGUAUAAAAAUUCUCUCAAAUAUUGAUGCUAAUAAGUUAAUGCAUAUCGCAAUCCCUGAUUUCUUGCAAUGUGUUUUUCUCAGCUAUAAACCCAUUGUGGACUAUAUCGACACACAGUUUGAAAACUACCUGCAGGAAGAGCUGAAAAUAAAGCGUUCUCUAUUCAAUUACCACGACACCAGAAUCCACAUCUGCCUCUACUUCAUCUCUCCUACGGGACACUCGCUCAAGUCCUUGGACUUAGUCACCAUGAAGAAGUUGGACAGCAAGGUGAACAUCAUCCCCAUUAUCGCUAAAGCUGACACGAUUUCCAAGAGCGAGCUACACAAGUUCAAGAUCAAAAUUAUGAGCGAGCUGGUUAGCAACGGUGUUCAGAUCUACCAGUUUCCCACAGACGACGAAGCAGUGACAGAAAUCAACUCCUCUAUGAACGUGAGUCUUAUCAUAGACGUAAACCACAUAAAAGACACAAAGGAAAAGCUGAUAAACAACCAAAAACGAUAUUCUCCUCUUCUUAAAACAGGAAGGAAUGAUCGGACUUUCCGCUUCAUAGUCAAGUUUUUUCCUCCAGACCCAGGACAACUGCAGAAAGAACUAACCAGGUAUCUGUUUGCGCUGCAGAUCAAGCAGGAUCUGUCUAACGGCAGUCUGACGUGUAACGAUAACAGCGCUGCUCUGCUGGUUUCCUAUCUUCUUCAGGCAGAGAUUGGCGACUAUGUAGAAGAGCUGGACAAGCAGCAUUUGGACAACAAGAGGUACAUUCCAAACCAAGAGUGCCUCCACAAAAAGAUCAUGCGUUUCCAUAGGAGACACAGAGGUCAAUCCCCAGCCGAAGCGGACGGUCAGUUGCUUGAAGUGGCUCGUAAGCUGGACAUGUACGGCAUCCGGCCUCACGCCGCCAGCGAUGGAGAAGACAUGAGAAUCAAUUUAGCCGUCACUCACUCUGGAGUGCUGGUUUUUCAGGGAAAUACUAAAAUAAACACUUUCAGCUGGGCCAAUAUUCGCAAACUCAGCUUCAAGAGAAAACACUUUUUGAUAAAACUUCAUGCAACAAUUGCGGAGUCUCGUAAGGACACCGUCGAGUUUGCCAUGGCCAGUCGAGACGUCUGCAAGGCCUUCUGGAAGACGUGUGUGGAAUACCAUGCCUUCUUCCGUCUUUCUGAGGAACCGAAGGGCAAGCAAAAAUCACUCCUCUACAGCAAGGGAUCUUGCUUUAGAUACAGCUUGCGCUCUGCGAGCUUCUCCGGAUCCGCGUACGCCUCCCCGGUGCUUACACAUUGGCAACGGUACGCCGGGAUAGGAUGGCCUCCGGUGCUCGGAGCAGCACCUGGGUUUUACGUAGCGGGAAGCUUUGGAGACAGAGAUCAGGAAGAGUUAGGCCACUUCAGUGACGACUGCAGCUACCAAACGGGACUUCCUCGCCGGUCAUACAGCCAGUCCGACAUCAAGAUGUUGUGUCAGCCGGCAGAGUUUCGCCCGCUGGGUCACUAUCCUCACCUGUCUCGACGGGAAGGCCUCACGCGGCCGACAUACCUGCCGCUGCAUUCAGCACGACCGACAGACGGCAGCAUGUCAGAACUGAGCCACAGCGACUCGGAUCCAGACGUGAUGUGUUCGUUCUACUGUCCUGGGAUCAGCAGACUGGUGCGCUCCACGCCUCUGGCGCGCAUGCGCAUUUCCUCCGGAAGCUUACAGCUGGACGAAGAGGAGGAGCGUUCAUUUAGUAAUGAAGGCACAUCUGCGACAGCUGUUAAAGCCAAACACAAGUCCUGAGAAUAAAACUGUAAACUCAUUCAGUAGCCAAAAGCAUCAUAACCGCAUAUGAAAUGUCAGAAAAAUCUAAUUUUUUUGUUAGUGAAAAUACUAAUGGCCUAAGACUUUUGCACAGUAGUGAAUAUGACCAAAAGGUGAUGAAAUUCUGACAUAAAAUUAUAUAAAUAUCAGCAGUCACUCUAUAUCUCCAAUAACAGG